AUGGCACGACUCGAAAAUAUGGAAGAAGAGCUUCUGCGGACCAAAAAAGUAUGUCUUUACACUCGGAAUUGUCGUGUAGUUUUUAAUUGUUGGUAUGAAAAUAUCUUUUUUCACAUUAAUGGAAAUACUUUUGGCCAGACGUAUUUUACAAACCUUUUAUUUUUAUUUUCAGAGCCACUCAUUUGCAAUGCGAGAGAUCUCAAUAAUGAGAACAAGGCUCAAAGUUCUCGAGAAGGAGUGCAAAAAGAAGGAUCAGCAGAUUGACGAGCUCAUGAAAGAUGAGGUGAGCAUUACUAGUCGCGGAAAAAAGUCCUGGGAUUUUUCUGCGACUCUGCACUGUGCAUGAACCCGAAAAGUGCUUUUGCACAGUGCAAUUUUGUUGAUUUUGCCUUAUUGUCGCGCGCGAUUCCCGCGACAAAUCAACUUUUCGGAGCGCGACGGAAGUUGGGGGGCGCGAGAAAAUCCCAGGACUUUUUUCCGCGACUAGUAUCAGCGCCGUAUUUUGAAAUUCUUUUAAUUUAUUCUAGCAGUAGCCCUCAAUUUAUCCUUCUCUCUUUUCUAUGCAUGUGCGUGCUCUAAACAAGCCGUAUUUUGAUUGCCAAAAUUUUGCCUUGAUAAUAUGCUUUCAUGGAGUAUUGAGCAACCUUGUGGCGUAAGAUACAAGGAGAAUUGUCCAUUCUCUUGAGUGAAUUUUGCACCGAAAGACUUGUAUUUUCCUUUGAAAUGUUGCACUGAUCUUUAGAUUCGAAAAGUGCCAUGCAUUUUUCCGCUCCAGAUCUAUGAAGUUGUUAAUAUUUCUUCAAAGUGUUAGUUGCAUUGAACCUCAUUUUCAUCUCUUUGGAACUCAAUUUAAACCUAUCUGCAUUGCAAACGCUUUUACAACCCCUUUCAUCAAACCAUCUUAUUUGCAAUCCAUACAGUUUUCAUUAACCAUUUCAGCCCAUCUCCAAAUCCGAGCAAAAGAUCCGUCAUCUCUCGCUGAAACGAAAGGUUGUCCAAUACGAGCGGGCAUUGCGUGAAAAAUCGGAAGAAGUGGCCAAGCUCCUCUCUGAUCGGAAUGUGGCCAAAGCCGCCGAAACUCGUCAACGAAUGGAGAAAUUGGAAGCCGAAUGCGCUCGACUAAAACGGCAUCUAAAUGAGAGUGUUCCUGAAUCGGAGUUCCUCAGAGAAAAGGAUCAGUAUAUGGAUAUAAUUGCGAAUUUGACUGAAGAAAAUAUGCAAAUGAGGCAGAUCAUUGGAAAAUAUCAAAAUGAAAAGUCUGGUGAGUUAACUUGAAAAGCAUGAAUAUUCAAAUUUUAGAAGAAAUCCUGAGAGAUGCGGACAACGGAUUGAGCGAUGAGGCUCUGCUCAAUGACUUGAGAAAUUAUGCAUUGUCGCAGAAGUAAGUCAUCGUGCUUAUGGCAUCUAUAGAGAUAAAUAUUGAUGGCAAUAAACAACUUGUUCUUUGUUUGCAAUAAUAUCAGUCUGUCUGGAAAAUAAUGAGCGCAUUGUCGCUGUGCCGAUCGCGUGGCUGAAGUGAAGAUCAAUUUGACUUUGCCAAUUCAUUUUCUCUGUGGCGAUGCGAUUUUUCGAUGCGGCAUUAUACUCAUUAUUUUCCCGGCAGACUGAUACAUAUAUACAUUAAAAAACAAUAGAAUUUUCGCUUGAAGUAGCUAUGUGUCUUGGCCAGAACAAACGAAAAAUUUGCCAAGCUCACAGAAAAUUUUUCUCUACAUAAAUCACAGGCUUGCCAAUACAGCCCACCAAUUUCAGAGCAGACGCCCAAAACUACCGGCGAGCCCUUGAUCGCCUCAUAAAACAACGUCAUUCAGCUCCAAUUCCCACAAAGCCGAAGAUUCGAAGUGCCUCGGCAGCGCCAGUCCGACGAAAGAUCUUCAACAAGAAACCGUUGGCAAAAACUCAAUCCGAGGCGAUCAAAGAAAGUCGCAGCAAAUCGACGGAUGUGUUGAACCAAGUGAGGCGACGGGUAUCUGAGCAACAAAUGAGUGCUCCAGAGCUGCCAAAACAUGAAGAGAUGGGGAAGGAAUUCUUGUUGCCCACUGGGCAUAAAGGAUAUGCAAUGUACAGGUAAAUAUUUGAAGUUUUCAGGUAUUUUGAAGGUUAUUUUUAUGUCGGUGGGAAAUUCUCAUAGCCCUUAGAAGGUUGUCUUAUAAUUCUACUUUUAUUUCUUCUCUUUCUUGCGUUAUAUUCUCUUUUCGCCAGGCUAAACUUGAGCCAUUUUGAGCUAAAUCAUGAGUUUCUCCUAUCUAAUGUCCUUGCCGAAAAAAAAACUUCAACAACUUUCCAGACACGCCAUAGAUUCCGACGACUCCGAGGUUGACGACGAAGAAAACCAUGAUAAUUCUCACGACUACAACGGGGGCCUUCAUCAUGCCGAGUAAGUACUCAAAAACUCAUCUGUUUUGACUGAUGGUUAGUUAAGUUAUAACGAAUCGGAACUAAGUAGCGGCUCCACAUCAGAUCUACCGCAAGAGCUGUACGACGCCAAAGGGAGGAUCUACUUUGUCGAGAAAGACGGGGAAGGGGGAAUUUUGAGCGGAACAACUCCGGAAUACAUGCCCGACCUGCCCGAUGGGGAUACUGGAACGCCGACGGAGGAAAGUCAGGAUUAUGGGGAUGAUAUCACACUGGUUAAUUAUAAGGAUGAACUUGAUGGAGAGUCUACUAGACGAGUGGAAGUGAGGAAAGUGCAGGAGAAAAGGGAGAUUGUUGAGAUCGAGUCGGAUGGGCCAACGGAGAAGGGAGUGAUCAUGGAGAGCUGGUUUGACAAUGCCGAUAUUACGGUAAGGAACUUAGUUAGCAAAAACUGUAACAGGGGUAUCAAUGAAACAUGUACAGGGUGUUCAGAGAAAUGUGCCGGAAAGUUUUUGUCGAUUUCUUGGCGCUCAAUCAAGAUAUCCGAAAAAUUCUUUUUGCAGGAUAAAGAAGAAUAUGGGCGGUUUUUUGUGCAAAAGAAUCAUUUUCUCCGCGAGCGCGGAAGGCAGUGUAUUCGGCGGAGACUUUUGAUCGCUUUUUUGAUCAUCGCACCAACUUUAAACGCUUUAUUAAGAACUUUGAUGGUUGAAACAAAGAUAUUUGCACAUUUUCAUGUUUACCAUGUGUUCGGCGAAGGUAUGGCGGACGCUCGCCGAAUCGGACGCUCAAUUUUUACCAAUUGAAGUUAGCAGAGACAUGGGCCAAAAACUUUUUUCUCUCUGCCAGCUCUUCGAAUUUCAUGUAUUCUCUCGCUCUCUGGUAGAGAAAGAUUAUAGAAUCUUCUUGCUUUCUCCGCAGGUAGUGAUAUACUGCGAGUAUUGCCGCAACGCAGAGACAAAAAUGGAACGUAGCGUGAGCGGGACACUCCCAUGUGAGAGACAUUAGAUAAUUUGACGUUGCAGUAUGCAGCAAGAGCUUACUAUUUUGCCAUCUACAACCUUAUGCUACUCGUUUUACAAGCCUUACAUCAUUUUCUAUUAAAAAUUCUUUAGCGCUAUUUAGGAAUGUUAAAAUCCCGCUAAUCCUGAAUUUGACACAUUUAUCUCUUAUAAAUAUCAUACACAUAAACCAUUCCUCUGUUCGUUUUUAAGCACUAUUAUUUCCAGGAGCAUAAGCGAGAGUCCGCGGUGACUGCUUUCGUGAGAGCUGUCAAGUGUCACGUCCUCCGGCAGAAAAUGGUCAGUGUCCGGAAAUAA